AUGUCAACAAAGAACAAAGAACAACUAUUAAAAUGGUGUAACGAUACGAUUAAACAAGUUUCACAAACACAAUCAUCAUCAUCAUCGAUAGCAGUUAAUGAUUUUUCAGUAUCAUGGAAAGAUGGUGCAGCAUUUUUAACAAUACUUUAUGCCAUCUAUCCAAAAGAGUUUAAUCUAGAGGAACAACUAAACAAGCCAAUUUCAGAGAGACUACAGUUUGCAUUUGACUUUGCAGACGAAAGAGGAAUAGUUGGAAGAUUAUUAGAAGUUGAUGACUUGAUCGGAGAGAGUACAAUACCAGAGAAACUUACAAUUGAGACUUAUUUAUCAUGCAUCUAUCACUUUUACAAAAAGAAACAAGGUGAAUCAAAAUUGGAUAGUCAACUUAAAUCACUCUUGGCAAAUAUUGAUGGUUUAGAUACAAACUCCUCUUCCCCCUCCUCCUCCUCCUCUUCCUCUUCUAGUUUCUUACCAUCAUCUUCCUCCUCCUCAUCAUCAUCUUCUUCAUCAAAUAUGAAUGGUGCAAGUGGAACAUGGAACUUGCAAGCAAUGGACAAAGAAAUUGAAACUCUCAACAGCAAGAUGAAAAUAUUGAAUGAAUCAUCAAAAGUUGUGGAAAGCAGAAGAAAUCAAAGUGCUCAAAGCAAAGAGAUAUUAAAGAAUCUAGAGAAACUCACCUUUUCAAUUGAACAAGAGUUAAAAGACAAUGAAAUAACUUCUAAAAAAUUUAGAGAAGAAAUUGAAAAAAAAGAAGCAGAUUUAAAGAACAAGAUUGAAAGGGAAAAGGAACAAUAUGACAAACAUAUUCAAGAAUUACAAAAAAAGAUUGAAUUGUUAAAGAAUUCAUCGGCUGUUGGAGGAGAACAAGAGUUGCUUAAAAAGAAAUUGGACCAAGAGAAGCAAGCCAAAGAGGAAUUACUAAAGAAAAAAUCAGAGAUUGAACAAGAGACGGAAAUGUUGAAAAAGAAACUACACCAAGAGGAAGAGACAAAGAAAAAAGAUGUUCUAAUCAAUUCUUCGGCAAAACAAGAAAUGAUGGAAAUGGAGCUUCGUUCAGAGCUCAGCAUCAAAGGAGAUUUGGUUGUCUCUGAAAAAAAGUUUAAAGACAAUGUACAACAACUUGAACAAAGUAUCGAUGCUGAAAACAAAGAAAAGGCAGAGAUUAAAAAGACAAAAGAAAAGUUGACAAGCUCUCUCAAAAAGGCAUUGAUGACAUUGGAGGAGGAAACCAAAACCUAUUCUCUUCGCGACAAGUCCAAAAAAGAGAUUGAAGCCGAGAAACAAAAGCUUCGACAAGAACGAGAGGCAGAAGCUCUCACAAAGGUUCAAGCAGAAAAGGACAAGAGAGUCACACAAAACGAAUUGGAUGACAAGAGAAAUAGCUAUGACACAGAGUUGGUUCGUCUUCGAGAUGCAAGAUUUACCAACCGCGAUAUUCAAUCAAAGAUUGAAAUGGUCGAUGAUGAAAUCGAUGAUGAAAAGCAAAGAACAGAAAAAUUGGUUGGCAUUGAGCAAGAUAAAUUCAAUACUGACAAGGAAAAGAAUAGCAAGCGCCACGAAAAUGUAUUAAAGAAACUUGAAGAAUCAAAGCAAAAGCUCUCAAAAAAAAAGAAACAAGUCAGUGAAACGACACAAUUGGAACGUAUCAAAAAGGUGGAAUUGGACAAAGAAAUUUCUAAACUAAAUGAAACAGAUGGAGACCUGAAGGAAAAAUAUCAAGAGGAGCGAUCUGAAAAGAAAAAAGCAGGACGAUCAAAAAAGGACCUCGAGGAUCAAAUCAACAAGGCCAAGUUGUUUUUAGAUGUAGAAACCAAAGGCAGGGGUAUGCGCGAAAAGCUUAAAACAAAAUUAGAGAUUGAUAACAAACAAAUGCAGUCAACACUUGGAGAUGAUCUCCUCAAAAAGAAUAACCUCGACGAUGAAAUUGAGACUCUCUACAAAGAUACGAGUCAAUUAUCAAAAAAAUUGGAGCAUUCAAAACUAAAUGCAAACGAGUUGUGUGAAACAGGAAGAGAUAUUAGAGAAAGAUCAUCUCAAAUUGACAAGGACAUUGUUUCAAUGAACCAACAAAGACAAGAAAUGUCAACUCAAGUAGACAUUUCUCUAUUGCAAACUAUUCAAAGUCACAAUGAACAAGUAAAGAAUCGACUCAAAUCACUCCAAGAAACCAAUCAAGAACUAGACAUUACACUUGGUAAUCAACAAAAACUGGCACAACAAUUGGAAAAUGUCAACCAAGAAACAACGCUUUUAUCACAAGACACAAGGGCAAAAGAUAUGGAAUUAAAGAUAGAGGAAAUACAAAAGAUAAAGUCAAUCAAUGAAUCAAAACGCAAAAAAUUAAAACAAGAUUUGGAAAAGGUAAAAGAUGGUAAAAACGCUGAAAAAAGUGUAGACAGAGAUUUUGAAAAGUUGGACGCCAUGAAAAGAGAGAUUGAUGCAUUGAAAAGAGAAAAUCAACAAGAUGACAGUGAAAGUAGAUCAAACUCUGAUCAAGCUUUGUUGUUGGCUCAAAGAUUGGAAGAAACUGAAAGACAAUUAAAACAAAAACAAUACUCUUUGGAUCUUAAAAAAGAUGAACAUCAAAGAAAAUUGGAAAAAGAAUUAAAAAAAUUGGAAAAAGAUCGUUCAUAA